AUGGGGAAAAAGGAGGAGGAAGGAGGAUUCUACCACAUACACAAUAAUAAGAAAAAAAGACUCCUUUGUCAUCCUGCUUUGUGCGCUGGAGAAGAGAAUUGGGUGGACAGUCGGACUAUUUAUGUUGGGCACCGUGAACCACCUCCAGGCACUGAAGCAUACAUUCCACAGAGAUACCCAGAUAACCGAAUAGUCUCAUCAAAGUACACGUUUUGGAACUUUGUACCGAAAAAUUUGUUUGAGCAAUUCAGAAGAAUAGCUAACUUUUAUUUUCUCAUCAUUUUUCUUGUUCAGUUGAUUAUUGAUACCCCUACUAGUCCUGUUACAAGUGGACUUCCGCUUUUAUUUGUCAUCACUGUAACAGCUAUCAAACAGGGUUAUGAAGAUUGGCUUCGACAUAAAGCUGACAAUGCAAUGAACCAAUGCCCUGUUCAUUUCAUUCAACAUGGUAAACUGGUUAGAAAGCAAAGCCGAAAAUUAAGAGUUGGAGAUAUUGUGAUGGUAAAAGAAGAUGAAACGUUCCCAUGUGACUUAAUAUUUCUAUCAAGUAGUAGAGGGGAUGGAACCUGUUUUGUUACAACAGCUAGUUUGGAUGGUGAAUCCAGUCAUAAAACUUACUUUGCUGUUCAAGAUACAAAAGCAUUUCACAAUGAACAAGAAAUUGAUGCACUACAUGCUACCAUUGAAUGUGAACAACCUCAGCCUGACCUUUAUAAAUUUGUUGGUCGAAUAAAUGUUUACCAUGAUAGGAAUGAGCCUACUGCAAGGCCAUUAGGAUCCGAAAAUCUGCUUCUUAGAGGAGCCACCUUAAAGAACACAGAAAAAAUCUUUGGUGUUGCUAUAUACACCGGCAUGGAAACUAAGAUGGCCCUAAAUUACCAGGCAAAAUCACAGAAACGAUCUGCUGUAGAAAAAUCAAUGAAUGUAUUCCUUAUUGUAUACCUCUGUAUUCUAAUCAGUAAAGCACUAAUAAAUACUGUCCUGAAGUAUGUCUGGCAGAGUGAGCCAUUUCGUGAUGAGCCAUGGUAUAAUCAGAAAACAGAAUCAGAAAGGAAAAGAAAUCUGUUUCUUCGAGCGUUUACAGACUUCCUUGCAUUCAUGGUUCUUUUCAACUACAUUAUUCCUGUAUCCAUGUAUGUCACUGUGGAAAUGCAGAAAUUUCUUGGUUCUUAUUUCCUUACAUGGGACGAAGAAAUGUUUGAUGAGGAUACAGGGGAGAGACCACUGGUGAAUACUUCUGACCUCAAUGAGGAGCUGGGACAGGUUGAGUACGUCUUCACAGAUAAAACUGGAACAUUAACUGAGAACAACAUGGAAUUCAUAGAAUGCUGCAUUGAAGGGCAUGUUUAUGUACCACAUGUAAUUUGCAAUGGCCAAAUUCUGCACGAUUGUACAGGCAUUGAUAUGAUUGAUUCUUCUCCAGGAGGAAGUGGAAAAGAGAGAGAAGAAUUGUUUUUCCGAGCCCUUUGCCUUUGCCACACUGUUCAAGUAAAAGAUGAUGACAAUGUAGAUGGAUUAAAAAAAACCCAGCUCUCAAGAAGGCCUUGUAUAUAUAUAUCAUCAUCACCUGAUGAAGUUGCUUUGGUUGAGGGAAUACAGAGACUUGGUUACACCUACCUAAGGCUGAAGGACAAUUUUAUGGAAAUCUUAAAUCGGGAAAAUGACAUAGAGAGGUUUGAAUUGUUAGAGGUUUUGAGUUUUGAUGCUGUGAGACGGCGAAUGAGUGUAAUUGUUAAAUCCUCAACAGGUGAUAUAUUUCUGUUUUGUAAGGGAGCAGAUUCUUCCAUAUUUCCUAGAGUUAAAGAAGGCAAAAUUGACCAAAUACGAUCCAGAGUUGAACGCAAUGCAGUGGAGGGACUGCGAACACUGUGUGUUGCAUAUAAAAAGCUCACAGAGAAAGAGUAUUAUAAUGCACAUAAGCUGCUUCAGAAUGCAAAGUUGGCCCUUCAGGAUCGGGAAAAGAAAUUGGCAGAAGCAUAUGAGAAGAUAGAAAGAGAUUUCGUUUUACUUGGUGCUACAGCUGUUGAAGAUCGACUGCAAGAAAAAGCUGCUGACACUAUUGAAGCACUGCAGAAAGCUGGAAUUAACGUCUGGGUUCUGACAGGCGACAAAAUGGAGACUGCUGCAGCUACUUGCUACGCUUGCAAACUCUUCCGGAGAAAUACGCAAAUACUUGAGCUAACCACAAAGAAAAUUGAGGAACAGAGUUUACACGAUGUGCUUUUUGACUUAAGCAAAACUGUCCUAAGACACAAUGGCAGCUUAACCAGGGAUAGUUUCUCAGGACUUUCAACUGAUAUGCAAGAUUAUGGUUUAAUAAUUGAUGGAGCAGCAUUAUCAUUAAUAAUGAAACCCAGACAAGAUGGGAGCUCUGGUAACUACAGAGAGCUCUUUCUUCAAAUUUGCAGGAACUGCAGUGCAGUGUUAUGCUGCCGAAUGGCACCUCUGCAAAAAGCACAGAUUGUAAAAUUGAUUAAGUUAUCAAAGGAGCACCCUAUCACAUUAGCAAUUGGUGAUGGAGCAAAUGAUGUCAGUAUGAUUCUAGAAGCACAUGUUGGUAUAGGAAUCAUUGGCAAAGAAGGUCGUCAAGCGGCGAGAAACAGUGACUAUGCAAUACCUAAAUUUAAACAUUUGAAAAAAAUGUUGCUUGUUCAUGGGCAUUUUUAUUAUGUUAGGAUAUCUGAACUUGUGCAAUACUUCUUUUAUAAGAAUGUCUGCUUCAUUUUCCCUCAGUUUUUAUAUCAGUUCUUUUGUGGGUUUUCACAACAGCCUUUAUAUGAUACUGCGUAUCUAACACUGUACAAUAUCAGCUUCACUUCCCUUCCUAUCCUCUUGUACAGUCUAAUGGAACAACAUGUCAGUGCAGACACCCUCAAGAGAGAGCCUUCCCUAUACAGAGAUGUUGCCAAGAACGCUUUGUUGCGCUGGCGUGCAUUUAUUUAUUGGACAUUCCUAGGAGUGUUUGAUGCUGUGGUAUUUUUCUUUGGUGCCUACUUCUUGUUUGAAAACACAACCGUAACCAGCAAUGGACAGCUAAUGACAACCAACACUCACAUGAUGUUUGGAAACUGGACCUUUGGAACAUUGGUGUUUACUGUGCUUGUAUUCACAGUUACACUGAAGCUUGCACUAGAUACACAAUAUUGGACAUGGAUAAAUCACUUCAUGAUCUGGGGAUCACUGCUAUUCUACAUUAUCUUUUCUCUGCUCUGGGGAGGAAUUAUUUGGCCUUUUCUCAAUUAUCAGAGGAUGUAUUAUGUGUUCAUACAAAUGCUGUCUAGUGGUCCUGCAUGGCUGGGUAUAAUUCUACUCAUAACUGUCAGCCUUCUUCCAGAUGUUCUUAAGAAGGUUUUAUGCAGACAGUUGUGGCCUACAGCAACAGAAAGAAUCCAGAAUGCAUCAAGGCACUGCCGAGAGCACAUCUCAGAAUUCACACCUCUUGCCUGUCUGAAAAGCCCAAGAUAUAGGAGCAGUGACAGCAGCAGUUCCCCAGCAAGAAGGUCUAAUUCUCAUUCUAAAAAAAUGAUGUUUACGCACUGGAGAGGCAUUGAUUAUUCAGUACUUCCAUCUGUCUUUGGCUAUUCAAAUAAGCAUUGUCGUUCCAGUGCAGGCUACCACUACAGUGGGUCAGGUUUGGAAACGUCCGUAUGACAACACCAAUUCAAGCCUUUAAAACUGUUUUUGUUUAUUUCUUUUUUUUCAAAAACAGGAAACAAACGUCACAGAAAUAUAUUAAACUAUACUUGGCUUUUGCUAUCUGAUGUAGCGUUCAGACAAACAGGAUCAAGAGCUAUAAGUAUGAAACCUUCCAGGCCCAUUGGCCUCUUCUAUGUUUUGAACUACUGGAGCAAUGAACAAUCUGCACAGUCUGGUACUGUGAGACUGAUAGCACUAAAAAUUCUUCAUUCUCUGUCAAGAUUCUUGUGCAUUUAUUGCUUCUGUCAUCUUUAGUCAUUUUCCUUGUUACUUGAAGUGUAUAGUUUCAGUCAGUGACCUACAUUUUGAGAUCAACAGUUUUAAUUUUCAGCCAGAAGCAAUGACCUCAGUUAUCUCCAAUGAAAGUCUCCUAAAGCAUAUUUAACAAGUGCAGUUUCUGAUUUUGCUCUGUCCUUUUUCUUUCUUUGCUCUUUCUGUAGAACAAACUGGUGUUUCCUCUGUGCAAAUCUGCUUUCAAGAAACACUCUCUAAUGUUCACUUCCUUGUAAGUGGCCAAAUCAGGGCUAUGUAUGGUUUUGAGUUAGUUUUCCCCUGUAGAAAGAUAGGCAAAACAAUUCUUGUGUAGCAUAUGCACUAUAUGAAGUCAAGUUGGCUGUUAAAUAGGUAAAUAUCAUCAGUGUUCAUAUCUACUCAAAAACUGAAUGUAAGCAUUUUGCCUAAAACGUCUUUGUGAAUUUAUCAAAGAUAAAAAUUAGCCAGCGUUUCCACUUCUUAUCUGUCAUCUGGGUGAUCUUAAAGUACGCAUAGUAAAAGGUAUUAUAUAGCAAGCUUGUUUUUUUUUCAAAGCUUUUUCUAAAAAAAAAGGAAAAAAAGCUAUUUUUAAAAGGAUUUCAUCUUUUUAAUUUUGAUUUUUUUUUUUAAAUUGUGUGGUUAAAUAUGGACUAACUGGCUCAGCAGAGGUUAUUACAAAGCAAGGAGCAGACAACUGUUAACUUUUGAAGCGGAACCACUAGGUGGCAUACAGCGGUUCGCUAACGAACCAUAGCUCCCACAGAAAUUAGUUUGACAAGAAUUGUUUGAAUUAUUUUAAGUAUGACAGCCAACUUGAACGUCUGUUAUCUCUGCUGCAUUUAUGUUACCUUGCACUAAUUUUACUAUUAGCUCUACCCUUGUCGUGUUUCUUUAGUCCAGUGUUUUAUUUUGGGGUACAAAAAUAUCUGAAGGAUGAAUCUGAUUCCAAUCAAUUUCAGUAAACUUGCUGUUUAUAGCUGAUAAAUAACCAUAAUCAUUAAGUAAUUCUGGGAGGCCAUUAGCUAAAAAUUUAUUUCUAGAGGAAAACAAAAUAUCUGGAAUCAGAGCUACAGCCUUUUAUUAGAAGACCGGACCAAGACAUUGUUAGUUGUCUUUGUAAUAGAAUAGGAUGGUAGGGAAAAGGAUUUCCCUUUUCAUAUUAAAAAAAAAAAAAAAAAGUGGAAGCAAAAUAAUUUACUUAAUUUACUUUUUAAUAAGAGAAAAAUCAACUUACUAGGAAAUGUUCCUCGCACUAUUCCUAGUGAAUUUCCUGUUUAAAAAAAGUGAAAUACUGUUAAUAUGCCCUGGGACAUACUGUAAAGUGAGUUGUGAAAUCUAUAUUAUGCCAAAGAUUAAGGAAGAGAGUUUUAAAAUAUCUAACAGUGAGCACCACAAAUGCAUUCAUUGUCCUUUAAAACCGUAUGAAGGUGUUUUUACCAUUCAAUAUGUAGCACUUUUCAGUUUCAAGGAAUGUCAUCAUAGCAGUAACAAUCUGAAAUACAUAAAUAUGGAUAUGGAUGUGGGCGUGUAUAUAUGUAUUUGCCAUUGCAUACUUGAAUGUUGGUCAGUUAGAACAGUCCCCUACAUAAAACACUGGUGUAUAUAUUUUUUUAAAAAAAUAAUAUGGGUAUAAAUUUUAUACCAGUAGCAGUGACAAAUUUCUUGUGUGUAGUUAACAAAUUAUUUGUAAUGUAUUUUUUAGAAAUCUUAAAAUUGCCUUUGCACUGAAAUAUUUUUCAUACUGUAGCUAUUUAUAAAUCUGUUUUACGCAUACAUUUGUUAACACACCAUUUCUAUUUUUUUUAAGCUCUGAAGGCUUUUUUUAUACUUUUGAGUUUUGGCCACUUAAACUUAGCUUACAGUGGAAUUGUGGCUGAAUGUUAAAAUUCUGAUGAAUGUUACGUUAGAAACAUAGGUCUAUUGCUCUGUCAGUCUCGCCCAAAUUAUUCAUGUUUUAUUGUUGUUUGUGAUAGCAGUGAUUAGAGUGAUAUACUUUCUGCUAUACUCUUACUGCUAUCUUUUUAUUCUGUAGAGCCUCCUGCUUUUUUAUUUUAUUCUGAUUCCCAUCUUUUAGCCUUAAAUAAGAAGAUUCUCGCUUGAUGUUUUUGUAAAUGCUGCAUUCCUGUUCUGCCUACUAACAAAGCAGUUCAUUGCAAGCUUCUUGUGACCCAGCACUUAGAAAUUACUGAAAAUAUUAUGCAGGCUGAAACACCUAUAUCAGUGCUUGGGGAAUUUUAGUUAAACAUGUAAUUCUGUGGAAGGACGUUAGAAUUUAAGUGGAAAUUUCUGCUUUGAUUUAGCAAUACUUUUACCUUUAAAAGUUGGUACUGUUCAUUAAAAUAGACCAUUUAAAGGAACAGGCAUAUAACAGCUCAGUUUCACUUGAUGCAUCUUUGCCUCAGCCCUUGUUACUAUUGCCAUGCAACCCAGUCCACUGCAGUAGGUGUUAACUUGGAGUUUCACUGUAAAUGGAACAGACGGUAUGAAGAUGAAAAAGUAGAAGUUAGAUCAAAAUGAUUAGAAAGUCUUAUUAUGGAUGGGACACUGAAAGGAGACAGGUGUUUAUAUAUUUCAAAAAAAGAAUUAAAGGGGAAAA